AUGUACCGAUCGCACGGAUUCGUAGUUUUCGUUGGGUUGAUGGUCGUCGUCCUUUGCGCGGAUGUUGGGGCAAAUUUUAGCAUCAGUGAUGUGAACACGUCAAAGCAGAGCUACUUUUUCGGUGCCAAGGAUGCAUCCGAUAUACUAUGCUUCUCGAAAACGCUACUGAAGGGUUCCAUCAUGCCACAGGACGUUUCGUAUACCAAUCCAACCGCGGCUAAAAACAUCAAUUUUAUCACUCUGGCGGCCGAUAAGUAUUCGACUCAUGGAUUUACUGCCGAAAUUUCUAGCGGAAAGCUUGGAACGGUUUCCGUCACAAUUAAAAUCAAUGCAAAAUCUAUUCUACCUUACGCGAUCGAAGUUAAAUUCUACUGUGUGAAGUGA